CAGAGGCUGCAGGAGGAGAAGAUGGCAUUCGUGACCUGGGAGAGGAGGAGGAGGGGGAGGGCUGUGCAGAAGGAGGCCAGAGGUGAAGAAGGAGCCGCGUCUGCUGCCGGCCCAGGCGGAAACAGGGUCUGCGGAGGAGGAGGAGGAGGACGUGCUGGAUUGUGGCCCAGGGGCACCCACCCUCCCAGUAGGGGAGGCUGGGGGGAUCUGCUCAGCUCCAUCACAACUGGGGACCGAGCAGCGGCAGCGGCAGCAGCAGCAGAGAGAAGGCGUGACUCCUCGGUCUUCGCUGGGCAAUGCAGCACCCAGAGGGUUCCCUCGCCUGGAGCUGACGCCCCCCGCUCCUGCCCUCCAGCCGCGUUGCCAAAGACUCCCCCCUCCAGCCAGCCCUCGUCUGUCCGUCUGGCGAUCUGGCCGCUGGCGUGGCGUCUCCGGGAGGCCCAGCGAUUGCCUUGCAAAGGUGCCACAACCACUUCUGUCAAUUUGCCAGCCAGCUGCUUCAGAGACUGAGUUAAAAGGGGGGCGUGGACGAGGGGAGAUCUCGCCGGCAGCCGGAGAGGCUCGCCCACCCACCGGACCAGCGGCAGAGCCUUCCUCUGCCAGACGAUGCAAAAAUAACCCUGGCCUGGAUUGAGUGACUGGAGAAGCAGCAGCAUGGUCCAGCAGCGGAACGUGAGGAGCCGGGGGACGGAGGCCAAGAGGGAGGUGUGUCCCAAAGAUGCCUUGCUCUUGAAGGAUGCCAAAGGAGAGCCGGGCUGGUGUAAGACGCCGAGCGGGCACAUCAAGCGUCCCAUGAACGCCUUCAUGGUGUGGUCCCAGAACGAGAGGCGGAAGAUCAUGGACCAGUGGCCAGACAUGCACAACGCGGAGAUCUCCAAGCGCCUGGGCAGGCGUUGGCAGCUCUUGCAGGACUCUGAGAAGAUCCCCUUUGUCAAGGAGGCAGAGCGGCUGCGCCUGAAGCACAUGGCUGACUACCCUGACUACAAGUACCGGCCCAGGAAGAAAGGCAAGCUGGGAAGUGCCAAGUCCCGCCCGAGAGUCCCCGUCAAGAUCAAGCCCUCCGUCCUCGGACGGGCGGCCUCCGCCAGAAGGCAGCCUCCGAAGCAAGGUGCUGAUGCCAGCAGCCCGGUGGGGCACUCGACCCCCGAGAUGGACGAUGACCCUCUGGAAGCGCGGCUCUUGGAGACGUCCUUUGACGAGAGUCCGAAACCCCCCAGCAAGGAGUUCUGGCAUGUGCUCCCAGCAACUGGUGAGAAAGGGUGGGCGGCUAACUCCGGCGAGCCGAAGGACCACGAAGCUGCUGCGUUGAGCAAACCCUUCUUGGAGGAGGCGAGGGCCUCGGAGACCCCUUCCCCAGCCUCCGCUGGGUCCCCUCCCUCUUCUUUUGCCUCUUCGGACGAAGAGUUGGAAGAAGAGCUCUUGAAUUUCCUGCCCAGCCGAGCCCAGCCCAGCACGCCCUGUGGGACCCCGGACUGGUCCAUCUUCGACAAAGACCUUGACCUCUUUCCCUUGGGGGCCACGUCUCACUUUGAGUUCCCGGAUUAUUGCACCCCGGAGGUGACUGAGAUGAUCGCGGGGGACUGGCUGAUGUCCAGUAUUUCGGACUUGGUCUUUACAUACUGAGUCCCAGCAGGUAACUCUCUCACUUCUCCGCAAUCAGGUUUUAUCAGAAAAAGAAAAGAAACCCAGCUGUUUACAUACAGGAAUCAGGUAUCUCCAUUUUCUUGCCUUGACUGCAUCCAGAGGCAAGUGUUCCAUCCGCCCAUCCCCCACUCGGCACACACCCACUUUGCCGGCUUGGCGUGGUGGGGCUGGGCUCCUCCUCACCUCUCGCCCCCACAAGCCACGGAGGGCUCCUGGCUUGAAGCAGUGUUUAUUUACCCAUGAAAUUUGACUGUCUAAUCAGGUUUUUCAUUGUAGCCCUCUCCAGCCACCCCUCCGCCGCCCUUGACUCCCCCUCCUCUUCGC